AUGGAUAACAUCGUCAGAGAAGGAGAGCAGUUCGUCGAGAACGAAGAAGGAGGCCAGGCCGGCACUUCAAAUGCGGGCCAAGGCAACCUGCAAGAUACCCAGCAGACCCAGCAGACCCAGCAAGGACAACAAGACCAGCAGGGAGGCGGUAUGAUGAAGAACUUUGAGCAAAACACAGGAGAUGCAUAUGUCAACCAAGAAGUCAAUCAAUUCUUGAACAAAGAGGGCGUCCCAGCGGGCAUGGACGGAGCAAUUGACGGGGCUGUUGAUACUGAAGCCAACAAAUUUGAAAAGGACUUUUAG